UUGACACUGACUCAUAUUCUUCUGAAGUCUGUAGAGUCGACAUGACUGCCAACGUUCGCUCUACAAAACGUCGAACGUUACGUCAAAUCGUUUUCGUCUUGGCUUUCACUGUUGCAACUUGUAACAAGGUGACAGUGAAUAUUAUCACCGGACCGACCUUACAAGAGCAUCAAUUGCUCCACUUAGUGUCGAUUGUAGACCCUGGACAGACAGACCGGACAUACCUGUGGAGGCGAGACGCGGAAGAGAUCUGUGAUAGCAGUCAACCCUCAGUGGGACGCACACAAACCGCCAAAAUCACAUGCACUGACAAUCACUUGAUUGUACGAAAUCUCAGCUCUAACGAUGCCGGACAAUAUUCCUGCUCGGUGCCAGGAGUGGGAGAUUCAGAUAGUGUGGCUGUAGUCGUCACGACUGCAAAAGUCAAGCUACCAACAAAAGUUCCCCCCUCAAAUUCCUCCAACUCGACCACCUCCACCAGUCACAUUCGGUCGGUGCCAACCGUCAACGCAACGACAAUCACACCGAAUUCCGACCUUAGCAAAGACAGUGCUGGGACGGGAGAUGCGUUUCCUGCAACGUCACGUGGUUCUGCUCCAACUACUACGACAAAUGGCAUUGAUAUGUCAACUGGAAGCAAUUCUACUGACUCUAGUUACAUUGGAACAGUUACCCCAGAACCUACUUCUCAAACAAUCAUGCCAAUCGAUGUCUCAGUCACUGCUUCUCCACCCACGCCAACUACAGGAUCGUCUGCUUUACCAAUUGCACACAUUCCACUGGUUGUCUCUAUUGUAGCUGCUGCUGUUGUUGCCUUCUCAAAUGUCUGGUAAAUCUGUUGCAGAUACCAGACUGUAAUGCUAAAUCGAUUAGUUUGUUUACGCGGGCAAAAUUAUUUAUGUCGUUACACGGGAUCUAGAAAUUUGGAGUGCACAUACUUACAUGUGUAAAGAUCGUAAUAACAAUUUGAUUUUUUGAAUGUUUUCGAGCGUGAGCAAUGUCGAGUUUUUUAGAUGUGUGGAUUGUAGAAAUUAUGUUUAUGAUCUUGAACGGUAUUAUUUUGUUAGAUAUCCACACGUACUAUAUGCUAUACUAAGAUAUUAUUUGUGAACAAUUUACUUUGGCUUUAUUGUGUUGCACCUAAUAUGGAAAAUGACAAAU